GUGAGCUUGAACUUGCUUCCUUUUCCAUCGCCAACACCGUCAUUGUCGGCUUCAAUUAUGGCCUACUGUCUUCGGAGCUUUGCUGGUAGGUUCAUUGACACUUAAUGGUCUGAGUUGUCACUGGACCGAACUGGGUUGCUACAACUCGCCGUCACCGGAGAUGGGUUCUUGUAGAAGCUGCUGGCUGGGCUAUCACCGGUGAAACCCACUUCUAAUCAAUCAAUAAUGAGACAAAAAAUAAGGAAAGAAAUACUGAAGAAAGUGAGUAUUGCUUGUAGAAAGAGAAAAAGAGAGAGAGCAAAAAAGGAAAACUCUAUAUAAAAUAAUGCAAACCCAGUUUAAGAGUGCCCACUGUACCCGCCAUCCUCGCCGUAGUCCUCGUCGUUCCGUUUCACUACCGAGAAUACCUUGCUCGCCGCCGUUCCCCGCGCCUCGACGGUAAGCUUCGUUCCGAGCUCUCCUUCAGCCGUUUAUCCUUGCCCCUAUCCGUCGCCACAACUGUCAUGCUUGCCGUCGUCGGUAAACAACAUCCGCCGUCAUCCAAGCACACUGACCGUCACCAUCAUCCGCGGUCUUAUCAUCCUUGCCGACCAUUUAGUUGUUCUAAGCUCUCCGCUACCAAGCCGGUAAGUUCUAUUGCCGUAAAAUCCUUGAUAGCUGGUAAGUUCUCUUGCCGUCGGCAGUACAAACCCGCUUGGGUCAUCAUGGGUAAAGCAUAGUCCCAACAUCUGCAAAUCAGUCGCUUGCUCCCCGGGACAGUUCCUUCUAGCUUCACCACGGUUUAAUUAGUCCAUGCUCGUCGGUAAAGACAUCUUCCUUCGCCACCGGUAAGAACAGUCCCUUGAAUCGCAGUCGUUCUGUGUGUUUGACGGUACACUCCGUCAUCGAGCACAUCGCCGUCCAUGCUCUUCUCCAUUGACAUCACCCGUUUCCAGCACAGACCCACUACCAAGGUGGGAACAUAUAAGAAACAAACAUUUGGAGAUGGGAGAAAGCAAGUAAGCAUAGUUGCCGGGGAGCCGUCGGGGACAGAGGAGAGAGAGAGAGUGGACUUGUCGGCAGUGUCAAGGCCGUGGGAAAGGAGAAGGGAAAAAAAAUCUUAACAAGGUUAGGAAUGGCAAGUGCAUUAGAAACACUGUGUGGGCAAGCUUUUGGGGCAAAAAGGUACAACAUGUUGGGUAUAUAUAUGCAAAGGUCGUGGAUUGUUCUCUUCUUUUCUUGUUUCUUGUUACUGCCACUCUACGCCUUCGCAACCCCUCUUCUGAAGCUGCUAGGGCAGACGGACGCGGUGGCCGAGCAGACCGGGGAGGUGGCAUUGUGGUUGAUUCCACUGCACUUCAGUUUUGCAUUUCUGUUCCCAAUUCAAAGAUUCUUGCAGAGCCAGAUCAAGGCUAAUGUCCUGGCCUGGGUUUCGAUGACGGUUCUCGUGUUUCAUGUGUUCGGCAGCUGGCUCGUUGUGUAUCGGUUUGGGUUUGGGAUUGUUGGUGUGGCUGUGACAUUGGAUAUCGCCUGGUGGCUUUCGUUUUUUGGGCUGUUGGCGUACACUCUGUUUGGUGGGUGUCCUCAAACUUGGACUGGUUUCUCAAUGCAAGCCUUUUCUGGCCUCUGGGAGUUUGUCAAACUCUCUACUGCCUCCGGUGUCAUGCUUUGCUUGGAGAAUUGGUACUACCGAAUAUUGAUUUUAAUUACUGGGUACUUACCGGAUGCCACACUUGCUGUGGACGCAUUAUCCGUCUGCAUGAAUAUUAAUGGGUGGGAAAUGAUGAUUGCUCUUGCUUUCUUUGCUGCAACCGGAGUAAGGGUGGCCAAUGAGCUAGGUGCGGGGAACGGAAAGGGAGCUAAAUUUGCAACAAAGGUCUCAGUGGUGAACUCCACAGUCAUCGGCAUCUUUUUUUGUGCUCUAAUUAUGAUAUUGCAUGACAAAAUUGGGUACAUCUUCACGUCAAGCACCGAAGUUCUUGAAGCAGUCGACGAGCUCUCUUACCUCUUGGCCUUCACUAUUCUCCUCAACAGUAUUCAACCAGUUCUUUCAGGGGUGGCCGUGGGAUCCGGAUGGCAGGCAUGGGUUGCAUACAUAAAUCUGGGCUGCUACUACCUUAUUGGGGUUCCUCUGGGUUGUGUUAUGGGGUGGGUUUUCGGCUUUGGUGUUCAGGGUAUUUGGGGUGGGAUGAUCUUUGGCGGAACUGCUGUGCAAACAAUAAUAUUAGCCAUUAUAACAAUACGGUGUGAUUGGGAAAAAGAGGUGGAUAAAGCUACCAAUCAUGUCCAAAAGUGGUCGACUCCUGAUCCAGAUAAUCAAUCAUAAGUAAAAUGUAGUCGGGUCUACCACAUUUUGAAGCGGCUCUUUUUUCGUUAUAAGGUUUAUUUUAUUGAUAAUUGUUAACACUGAUUUCUAAGCUCUUUGGACUGAUUCCAUUAAUUUCAUGUUCAAAGCUAGUAUAGUUGAGCAAUUAGGGUUGUUUGGGUAGACCAGCGGUACUUUACUUGUGAAGGUACAUGCUAGUAUGAGCAAUUGUUAUCAACAUUAAUUCUCAUCUGUCUUUUUAACGAUUAAACGUAAACAAACUUGAUUGUCUACGAA